CAUCCUUCCAAGCUUGGGUCUUCUACCAGAGGCCUGGGAGCUUGAGGGCUCUGCCAGUCCUCCAGUUUGGGGGUUCCUGCCCCGAUGACCACGGUCACCACUGAUGUCUUCACUCUCCAGGCUUUCUCAAGUUCUGCUUUGAGGCCUUGCCGAGCCCACUCCCUCCUCACCAGCGGAACCAAUGAGACUCAGUGGAGAAAUUGCAGACCAAAAUCAACCAGUGUUCAGUGGGAGCGGAUUAAACAAGAGUUUCCAGGAGCUAGAAGCAACAAGCAGCUUCCUCUCACCUUGGACCACGAUGAAUGACGUGCAGGAAGCGACCUCUCCUGCGACCAGCCUGACCGGCCCGGCGACCUGCGUCACCAAAGUGGAGCUGCGAGUGUCAUGCAAAGCUCUGCUGGACCGAGACACAUUGAACAAGUCAGACCCGUGUGUCGUCCUCAUGGUGCAGAACAACGGGCAGUGGGUUGAGGACACCAUGGCAGCCUGUGUGUCUCCAACAUCAGCUACACAACGCAGUAAGUCCAUUUGGAUCAUUGGAGACAGCUACGUGAGGCGUGGUGCCCAGAGAGCUGCAGAGACCGUCGGAGACAACCUUGGCCUCCCUGACGUCUGUGUCUCCUGGUUUGGUUGGGGCGGACUGAGGUGGAAAGACCUUCUCCCCUUCUUUCACUCCCUUCAUGGAAGAGCAGCUCCUCAUGUCCUCAUCAUUCACUGCGGCGGCAAUGACAUGGGGGUGGUCAGCAGUGUGAAGCUGGUCAACAUGAUGAAGGAGGACCUGCACCGGCUUCACCUUCUCCACCCUCAUAUGACCAUCAUCAUGUCGUCCAUCACCCAAAGGUGUAGAUGGAGGGCAGGUGUAAAACCUGCCAAAAUUGAGAAGGCCCGGAGGUUCGUCAACAGUACAGAGGCUGUGUCCGAAUCCAGAGGAAGGAUGCUUGUAAGAGCGCAUUAUGAGGUCGAUGACGUCAAAGCGCAGCGACGAGUACUGUCCGAAUUCCAAGAAUACUCAUUCUCGCGUCCUCAAACGCGUCCUCGCUCCACCCACAUUUCGAGGAUGGGUCUGAUGGAUCCUCACAGGAGCAAGGUAUCCCAGCAUGCUUUGCGCGCCGGCUGCUGGACUCGACACUCGCAACAAUGGCGGACGGAGCGGGAGAGCAGUACAGCUUAAAAUGUAAGUUUGUUAAAAAAAUAGCGGUCAAAAAAAUAAAAUACGUGUUUGGGCACUUUUGGUUUGUUUUUCAUAUAAGAUCUAAUACCGCAAAUUGUUUUUUUCAUGUAAUUUAAGGCUAAAACAUGCCCCACCGAAAACUAGCUUGAAUGUGUAAUAGGAAAAACCCACCGUAAACUAGCUUGAUCCCAGCAGGCUUUUUUAAAGAAAAUAGCGGUAGAAAACUAAGCUGAAAGCGGUUCUGUUUAUAGACAUUUUUGUUUGUAUAAAGUACAUUUUAAGCAGAAAUCAGCGAGAACGAGCUUGUAUGGUGGUCCCGUCAUAAUUCCCGUUUGUGUGUGUGUGUUUAUUUAGCAAAUAAAGCUUCUCAUCAUUUGUUUUAAGGUUAACACCCCACCGUAAACUUGCUUGAAUGUUUAAUAGGAAAAAACUCACCGUAAAAGAGCUUGCAUCUUAUUUAAUCAUGUAAUGAACGCCAAAAAUAAUGAAAACUAAGUUUAAUGUUUAUUUAAAUUAAUUUUGAAGAGACCACAUUACUGAUUUAAUGUUUUUAGCACGGUGGCAUGGAGGUACAAGAGUAAAUCCAUUACACAUUAUAUGAGCAUAGUAUUUCCAUCUAUGUUCUGCUGCGAAAAGUACAGUUUAUCAUUAUUUUAUUAAUACAGUUGACAUGUUUUCUUUCUUCUAUUGUUCUCUUUAUCAUCUAUUUAGGAUGGGUCAAGUGCAGCAGUGGGGGACACAGAUGAGAGGGAGAGUGGUGAGAGUCAGCCGACAACAUAGAGAGAAAAAGAAAGAGCAGCAGGGAUGAUGAACUCCUUGACGUCAUCAGGGAGGACAUCAGACAGCAGAGGGAAGCGGAGGAGAGGAGAGAAAGGAUGAUGGAAAGAUUUUUAGCCCUCAUGGAGAGAAUGGUGGAGAAAUAGUUUAAUUUAAAUUAGUUUUUGUUCUGGUUCAAGAUAUUUGUUAUGAAAUUUUAUAUUUGUUGGAAUGUAUUUGACAUUUGAUGAAAUGUA